GCCAUCACUUGCUGCAGCCGAGGCUACGGCACAGCAGCAGCAGAAUUGAACAUCAUCAUCAUCAGCUACUGUGCUCAACAUACACAUCGCUUGCCUUUUUGUUCAUUUGUAGUGCAAUGGAACGCUGCUCUUCGGAUAAUUGACCGCCUCUAAACUGAGUCUAUAUAAUGGGCUGUGUACAAUGCAAGGAUAAAGAGGAGACCAAACAUACAGCUGACGGAAAUAUUGGCGUCUCCCAGGAACUGGGCUAUCAGUAUGGGGCCAACCCUGCAACACAGCAGUACCUUAACUUUGGGGUCACCGCAGUACCCAACUACAACAACUUUAGCACCCCUGUUGGGCAGGGGUUGGCGGUUUUUGGAGGGGUCAGCACUUCCUCACACACUGGAACUCUGAGGACCCGCGGUGGGACAGGAGUCACCCUUUUCGUGGCUCUUUAUGAUUACGAGGCGCGGACAGAAGAUGACCUCAGCUUCGGGAAAGGAGAAAAGUUCCAGAUUAUCAACAGCACUGAAGGCGACUGGUGGGACGCUCGCUCUCUCACCACUGGUUGUAGCGGCUACAUUCCCAGUAAUUAUGUGGCUCCAGUGGACUCCAUCCAGGCUGAGGACUGGUACUUUGGUAAACUGGGUCGCAAAGACGCUGAGAGACAGCUGCUGUCCACAGGCAACAAGAGAGGAACGUAUCUGAUCAGAGAGAGUGAAACAACUAAGGGUGCAUUCUCCUUGUCCGUACGAGACUGGGACGAUAUCAAGGGCGACCAUGUCAAACAUUACAAGAUCCGCAAGCUGGACAGCGGCGGCUAUUACAUCAGCACAAGGGCUCAGUUUGAGACCUUGCAGCAGCUUGUUCAGCACUAUUCAGACCGAGCUGCUGGGCUAUGCUGUCGCUUAGCGGUUUCCUGCCACAAAGGGAUGCCUCGCCUUGCCGACCUGUGCGUAAAAACCAAGGACGUCUGGGAGAUUCCGCGGGAGUCGGUGCAUCUUAUCAAGCGUCUCGGGAAUGGGCAGUUUGGGGAGGUCUGGAUGGGUAGGGAUGAGGUCGCCUCCGGUCUAACAACUGUAUGUGUGAACUACCAUCCUGACACUGUGGGCUUGAGCCACGAUGCCUGGGAGAUCAACAGAGACACACUUAAGUUGGAAGUAAAGCUGGGUACUGGAUGUUUUGCUGAGGUGUUUUAUGGAACCUGGAACGGCACCACAAAGGUGGCGGUGAAGACCCUGAGGCCUGGCACCAUGUCCCCAGAGUCUUUCUUGGAGGAGGCUCAGAUCAUGAAGAAGCUCCACCAUGACAAGCUGGUGCAGCUUUACGCCGUGGUGUCUGAAGAGCCCAUUUACAUUGUCACAGAGUACAUGGGCAAAGGGAGCCUUUUGGAUUUCCUGAAAGAUGGAGAAGGACGAGCGUUGAAACUGCCCAACCUGGUGGACAUGGCCGCACAGGUGGCAUCAGGAAUGGCCUACAUUGAGAGGAUGAAUUACAUCCACAGAGACCUACGCGCUGCCAACAUUCUGGUGGGAGACAAUUUUGCCUGCAAGAUAGCUGACUUUGGUCUGGCCCGGCUCAUUGAAGACAAUGAGUACACUGCAAGACAAGGUGCAAAGUUUCCCAUCAAGUGGACCGCCCCGGAGGCUGCACUGUAUGGAAAAUUCACCAUCAAGUCAGAUGUGUGGUCUUUCGGCAUCUUUUUGAUGGAACUGGUCACCAAGGGCCGUGUGCCUUAUCCAGGGAUGAACAACCGUGAGGUCCUAGAGCAGGUGGAGCGAGGUUACAGGAUGCCUUGCCCCCAGGACUGCCCCGUUUCACUCUUUGAGCUAAUGCUGCAGUGCUGGAAAAAUAAUGCAGAGGAGCGGCCCACCUUCGAGUACCUCCAGGCCUUCCUGGAGGACUACUUCACAGCAACAGAACCUCAGUAUCAGCCCGGGGACAACCUUUAACCUCUCGUUCAGGUCAUGCGCAGGUGGUAAUGACUGCUGGAGCCACACACACUGAAUUGGUACUGUUUGAAAACGACUGUGAAGCCUCACAGCUACAGGCCUUUAUUUUACAGAUCGUCACGGCUUCCUCAGCCCCAGCCAAAAAAAAAAACAAAACAAAAAAAAACGACAUUCCUCUUCCUCGUCCACAUUCUGGACUAGGUUAAAAGGAGGGAGAGGAAUGCUGGACAAAAGUAAAUGGAAGUUAUGGAAUGAUGCAAUCAAAUGCCUUUAUUCAAUAAACGUAAAAGAUUUAUUUUAGGUAGGUUGGUUUGUUUAUUAAUUUCUAUUCUCUUUUUGCACAAAAUACUAUAAGUAAUCGUAAUAAUAACACACCUUUCAGAUUAUGUAAAAAGAAAGUGUGAGUUCGGUUUACUUUCUAAUCGAAUUACUUUCUAACGCCUUUCAGAGCUUCCUCACUUACUACUUGUUAGAUUGUUGUUUUUUUGUUUUUUUUUUCUCCGGUAACAUACAAUGGCUUUGUAACAUCCCCAGAACUAAGAUGGUCCAGGUCUUGGACUGAUGUUGCGUGGUAUUAUUGACAAAUUAUAAAUUGUACCUUGUUCGCAGUCCAGUGUUCAUUAAACCAUGGAUGAUUUAUGCAUUUAAGAUGAAACCAUCAAGUAAGUACAAAAAUACGAAGCAGUAUCCAUUUCUGAAACGUGAGGUAGAUCGGUGACGCUCCUUGGGUCAUUUGGUACCAGGCCGUUUCCUUUUACUUCAUUUAUUCAAAGAUAAUCUGUCAAUGUUUCAAACCAACAGGUCUUUCAGACUCUGAUACUAACAGAAUAAAGUCUGAGAGAUGUUUUAUUUUGAAAAUUGAAUGACCCUUCAAGGAUAGCGCGGUAUUACCGGUCCGCAGUAACGGCUGAUACCGGCAGGUUGGGGACCGCUGGUGUAGAUGACCAAAGGCACUUUAAGAAGCCUCAGAUAACCUGUUUAUGAAUUAAAGGUUCUAUUACAGUAGAACUUUACAAAUAAUGGGGCGGGCCCCCCUGGAGGGACGGGGG